UUUGUAGGUACUAGUUAAACCGGAUGUUUCGGUGAAGGUGGCAGUAUGCUAACAGCUAACGACUAACAGCUAGUUAACAGUAACAAACUGAGAAAUCUGUUAGUUAUAAAAACAGACAGGUGACGUGUGAGCAAUACUGAGGGUUGGCCUGUCUCUCAUGUGGUUGCCCACCUAAGGAAGCUCCAAGAAGCUGGUCGUGCACGCGCAUAGUAUCCAUGGCUACGGAGGAGUUCUACGAGGUGACGCGAAAAAAGGCUAGCAUGUUUCGGCGCCUAGCGGCAAAGUUUAGAGCCAACUUUGGUGGAGAGGAUUGUGGAUAAGAGGAAGAACAAGAAAGGGAAGGUGGAGUACUUGGUCAGGUGGAGGGGUUAUGGUUCAGACGGAGACACCUGGGAGCCUGAGAGUCACCUGUCCACCUGCAUGAUAUAUGUCCACGAGUUUAACCGUCAGUAUUCUGAGCGGCAGAGGGACGCUACGUUACUGCGAUCCACCCGCAGUUCUCUCAGCCUCCGCAGCACCUCUACCCACAGGCUGCCCAGCGGGCAGCUGCCCUCUGCUGUGGCUCACACUGAACUCAACAGUGGAGUCUGUGACCAGGUCAAAUCUCUUAUUGAUCCACUUCACCUAAGUCCCAUUACAGCAACCCACCUGGCUUCUGUUGGCUCCCAUCAUCCCCCACUGUUUGGUAGAGACCUAAUUUCAACAGUGCCUCCUGGUUCAGCUCGUCGCAGUGUGGAUCUCUCUAAGACAGGGAUCAAGAUCCUGGUCCCAAAGAGUCCGAUGAACAGCCGCCAUGACUCAGAAGAAUCUCCCAGUGAGGCUGCUCACAGUCUAGAGGCUGGAGCUCAAGAGGCUCACCUAGUCCCACCUGAGGUUGCACUGCUAGAGAAACCCAUAGCGGUCCAGCUCGGACCUGGAGAGGAGAGGGCUCGCAUGGGAACCAGACCUCGUAGUCAAAAUUCCUUGCCUCCACCCCGAGCCCCAAUCACACCUGCCACCAUGCGCUCUCUCAGCGGCACAGGUAACUCUGCAUUGAGUGAGUUACCUGUGGCUGCCAACGGGACUUCAGGUGUGCAGAAUGCUGUUGGCGUUGCGCCUGCUGUGUCUGGGAAACGUCGUCUGGAGGAACGUUCAGUGUUUGACAAACGUCUGAGGUUCAGCGUUCGACAGACAGAGAGCGCAUACCGUUACCGUGACAUUGUGGUGAAGAAACAAGACGGCUUCACGCACAUUCUGCUGUCCACUAAAAGCUCAGAGAACAACACACUUAACCCGGAGGUGAUGAAGGAAAUUCAGAGCGCCAUGGCAACGGCAGCCUCAGACGAUAGUAAGCUAGUGUUGCUUGGCGCUGUCGGCAGCGCCUUCUGCUGCGGCCUUGACUUCUUGCACUUCAUUAGAAGCCUGGCGGACGACAGGAAGAAAGAGAGCAUCAAGAUGGCUGAAACCAUCAGGACUUUUGUCAACACCUUUAUCCAGUUCAGGAAGCCGAUUGUGGCAGCAGUAAAUGGACCGGCUUUGGGUCUUGGCGCCGCCAUCUUGCCACUCUGCGAUGUGGUGUGGGCCAAUGAGAAGGCCUGGUUUCAAACGCCAUACACAUCCUACGGUCAAACGCCUGAUGCUUGCUCUUCUUUUACCUUCCCCCGCAUCAUGGGCCUCGCCUCGGCUAAUGAGCUGCUGAUGAGCGGCAGGAAGCUGACGGCUCAGGAGGCGUGUACUAAGGGUUUGGUAUCUCAGGUUUUGUGGCCAGGAACCUUCACACAGGAGGUGACGUUGCGAAUCAGAGAGCUGGUAGCAGUUGACUCACUGGUUCUCCGUGAGUCCAAGGCUCUUAUGAGGAAUAUUAGCCGCAGUGCUCUUGAACAAGCCAAUGAGCGUGAGUGCGAAGCCUUGAAGAGAAUCUGGGGUUCGUCACAGGGAACAGACUCUAUCCUGCAGUACCUGCAGAGGAGAACUGAGCUCUGGUAGGAGCUGGAUCAGGACCCAGAUCUGGUCCAGUAUUUGAGCAGAUUCUGGGUUUGAUGUGAACCCAUAAUGUUUCCAUCUUUUUGUUGUGAACCUUUUAAGUUAUACUUUUAUCAGAACUUCUCUUGAGAAACAUUAAGAGCUGAGUUCUUUGUUCUAAGAGUAGGUCAAGGAUGUGAUCACCCUAGCUUAGCAUAAAGCCUGAAAACAGAGGAAAUUGUUAGCCUAGCUUAGCAUAAAGCUCAGAAGUGGGUCAACAUAGCAAAAUGUAAAAUUUAAAAUUAAAGUUUACUAAUUUUGUCUUAAAAAAUCAUUGUUGUCAAAAACCAGCAGUAUUUUAAUAUGAUGUAAUACUUUCACAUCGAUUCAUCUAACCAUACUUCUGACAGUGAACCUCCACUGUUAUAUUGUGCAGUUUCUAUAAGGAGCCUCUGAUGACCUGUAAAUAUAUUUCCCACCAGUAGAACUCCACAGGGUUUUAAUUCUCCAGUCAUCCAUUCCUAGGACAGAUCUACUCACUGUUUCCAUCUUAGUGCUAAUUUGGCUUCUUGCUUUGCUUUUAGUGUUAAAGCUAAGUUCUCCCUAACUCUAGUGUUUAUGCUAAGCUAAGCUGAUACAUUACCUUUCCUUUCAGUACUUGUGUUAAGCUAGGUUAAUGGUCUCAGGCCCCAGUUGUACAGUUGUACCUUUUUAAAUGGAGCUAAGCUUGACCUUCUUCCAGAAAUCACUGAAUUUCUCCCUAUUGGAAUGAAGUGGCAGAAUUUUUAUUUUUAUUUGACUAGAUUGAUGCACGUGAGCAGCCCACAAGCAGGGCUACAGACUGAUGAAAUAAUUUUGCAGAGACAUUGGUGGAUUAUGGUAAAAAAACCUGCUUGAGCAUGGAUUGUCUGCUAUUCAUCCAUGCGUUAAAGUCUUUCAUACGUUCAAUUAAACAUGGAUCCUGUCACGUCA